CGCACAAUCAGUGUCCAGAAUGCAGGGUUAUUUGCUCCAACGAAGACGCUUUGCUGAGCCACUUCUGCAGUCGCCACAUCAAGCAACCAGAGACUGGAAAAGAGAGUAAAAUUAAGCUGAUCGGCUCACCAAUGAUUGCAUCUGCUAAUAAUGAACUCAACGAAGUCAGCUCAAGGAAGUGGAAGGCAUGCUUGGAAAAUAGAAGUUUCCAUUAUGAAGGAACAUACAAACAUUUCCCACCCACCAUGUGGAUCAAGAUGUUUGGGCUGAUGAUUCUGGGUCGUAUGUGUGGACAAGGUGGUCUUCAUUACAUCAUGAUACAGCUGUGUAUUCAACAACAUGUUAACCUGUCCCAGCAGAUGUUGAUGCUCUUAAAUGAUGUUGAGAAAAAUCCAGGACCGGAGUAUUCGUGCAAAUGGAUAUCCUGCAAGGAAGACUUCCACUCCAUAGGACAGCAAGAUGCACAUAUCAUCUCUCAUGUGGUUCAAGAGAAAUGCUGUAGAUGGGGAGACUGUACCAAAGUCCUGAGCUUUAAUAGUCUUGAAAUCCAUGAACUUAAACAUCUCUAUGAUGUGAGUUUAGCACUGUGUAUGAACUGGUGUUGCUUCAUUUUCUGCAUAUCUUUAUCUCAGUCUUCUCUAGUUUUGAUGGUCAAAUACAUAUUGUCUGCCAGUUUUUUUCCCCCAAUACUGCCGUUCAUCGUUUGCUUGCAUCAAGAGUUUUAAAAGAAAUUAAAACUCAUUUGUUUAGUUAGAAUCUUAUGAAAGACUUAAAUGGCCAUGUUUAAUACAAUUGUAUAACAACAUAUACGAGCUAAAAAAAUAGUUGGAAUAAUUAAUGUAUAUAUGAACACAACAAAUUUACUUAAAAUCAUAGGUCUUAUUUUUGUCUGCCACUAUAAGAACCAGAACAUAUUUCGGACAUUCGAGGAUUGACUUGCUGUGUUAGAGGAUCAUCAGGUGAUGGAAGAAACCAGGCUUUUUUCGACUCAAUGUUGAUGAAACCUGAUCGACAUGCUCAUCUUGGUUGAGUAAGCCUGGGUUGAGUGUGUCCAAAAAGUAGGUAACCUGGUGAAAUCUUAGGAAAACAUUGUAACCAGAUCCAGGUUUAUUUGACUGACAGACCGAUGGACAGUGGGUCAACCGUAAAUCCCUUCAUGUGAAAACGGUAGGGACAAAAUAAAUAUCACAUUGCUCUUCUGAGUUCAUUUGUAAACCAAGUUUUAUCACAAAAUUAAAAUGGUCAAUGUAUUAUUUUGUGUAUUUAAAAAUUAUGUGAAUAUUAAGUUUCAUGAAAUCUUACUGAGUUUUCUCAAUUUUAGCUACUAUUCGGACAUGGACUGACGGACAAAUGGGCAACAAUGUCGCAAUUAGUAUACCAAGUUUUAUAAGAAUUGUUUCAUAAAAGUAACCAAUGUGUCUGUUCUAUGUCAAGGUUACUACUAGGAUGAAAUACACAAAAAGAUUUUGGUUCACAAUAGGGUAGGCUCCGCGUGCCGUGAACCGGGCAACAGCUUUUGUCAUUUAACAUUUGUGUUUUAAUGGCAUAAGCUGGCAGAUACCCUUUAACUUUAACGAUGUUUUCCGAUAAUUUCUCGGAAAAUACAAUCUAGCAAUUUUGAUUUAAUUUAGAUUACUAAAAAUUAAUAUUAAAUUUAUGCCCCCCUUGGAAGAAGAGGGGUAUAUUGUUUUGCACAUGUCAGUUGGUUGGUCCACCAGAUGGUUUCCUGAUGAUAACUCAAGAACGCUUUGGCCUAGGAUCAUGAAACUUCAUAGGUUUAUUGAUCUCGAAAUAGUAAAAUGGUUUCCGGAUGAUAACUCAAGAACGCUUACGCCUAGGAUCAUGAAACUU